AGCCCUGCCUCCUGGCGCCGCGCGGACCAUGGACGUGUACCGCACCCCCGCCGCGGAGCUGGACGGCCUGGUGGCCCGCAGCCUGCAGCCCCCCGCGGAGUUCGUGGGGGCCGCGCGGCGCGCCCUGGGCAACCUGAGCGCCGCCCUGCGAGAGCGCGGGGGCCGCCCCGGUGCGGCUGCCCAGCCUUGGCGGGUGCUGAAAAUCGGAGGCUCCUCUGGCCGGGGCACGGCUCUGAGGGGUGGCUGUGAUUCUGAACUUGUCAUCUUCCUCGACUGCUUCAAGAGUUAUGAGGACCAGGGGGCUCACCGUGCGGAGAUCCUCAACGAGAUGCGGGCACUGCUGGAAUCCUCAUGGCAGGACACAGUCCUGGGGCUGAGCCUUGAGUUUCCUGAGCAAAACACGCCCGGGGUCCUACAGCUCCGACUGGCAUCCACAGACCUUGAAAACUGGAUGGAUGUUAGCUUGGUGCCUGCCUUUGAUGCCCUAGGGCAGCUCCGCACGGGCGCCAAACCCGAGCCCAGGGUCUACUCGAGCCUCCUGGACAGCGGCAGCCGGGGGGGCGAGCACGCCGCCUGCUUCGCGGAGCUGCGGAGGAACUUCGUGAACGCGCGCCCGACCAAGCUGAAGAACCUGAUCCUGCUGGUGAAGCACUGGUACCGCCAGGUGUGCCCACAGGAGGCCAGCAGGGAGCUGCUGCCCCCUGCCUACGCUCUGGAGCUGCUGACCAUCUUUGCCUGGGAGCGGGGCUGCGGCAAGGACGCCUUCAGCCUGGCCCAGGGCCUCCGGACCGUCCUGGGGCUGGUCCAGGACUAUCGGCACCUGUGUGUUUUCUGGACACUCAACUACAGCUUCGAGGACCCCGCGCUCAGGCAGUUCUUGCGGCGCCAGCUUGAGAGACCCAGGCCUGUGAUCCUGGACCCGGCUGACCCUACGUGGGAUGUGGGAAACGGGGCAGCCUGGCGCUGGGAUCUGCUGGCCAAAGAGGCAGAGUCGUGCUGUGACCACCCAUGCUUUCUGCAGGCAGCAAGGGGCCCUGUGCAGCCCUGGGAGGGGCCGGACCUUCCACGCGCCGGGUGCCCGGGUUUGGACCACCGCAUCCAGCAAGACCCUGCCCAGAGGACCCCCGAGGACAGCGGGGUUCUCACUGGUGUGCACCCGAGCACAAGGAAGAGGCAGCCCUGGAGCCCGGCUCCUGGUCCCUCGAGCGCGGCCAGCAUCGCGCCCCGCCCACCGCAGGAGGUCUCGGAUCUGUCUCGGAUCCCUGCCCCGGAGCUGGACCGCUUCAUCCAGGACCACCUGAUGCCCAGCUCCCAGUUCCAGAAGCAAGUGAGCAAGGCCAUCGAUGUCAUCUUGCGUGGCCUCCGUGAGAACUGCGUCCACAAGCCCUCACGAGCCAGCAAGGGGGGCUCAUUCGGCCGGGGCACCGACCUCAGGGGUGGCUGUGAUGCUGAACUGGUCAUCUUCCUCAACUGCUUCAAGGACUACAAGGACCAGGGGGCCCGCCGGGGGCAGAUCCUUGAAGAGAUACGGGCACAGCUGGAAUCGUGGUGGCAGGACCGGGUCCCCAGCCUGAGCCUCAAGUUCCCUGAGCAGAGCGCGCCUGGGGCUUUGCAGCUCCAGCUGGCAUCCGCGGCCCUAGAGAGCCGGGUGGAUGUCAGCCUGCUGCCUGCCUUCGAUGCCAUUGGCCAGCUCCGCGCGGGCGCCAAACCCGAGCCCGGGGUCUACUCGAGCCUCCUGGACAGCGGCAGCCGGGGGGGCGAGCACGCCGCCUGCUUCGCGGAGCUGCGGAGGAACUUCGUGAACACGCGCCCGACCAAGCUGAAGAACCUGAUCCUGCUGGUGAAGCACUGGUACCGCCAGGUUGCAGCUCAGAACAAAGGAGCGCAGCGGGCCGGUGCCUCUCUGCCGCCCGCCUACGCCCUGGAGCUCCUGACCAUCUUCGCCUGGGAGCAGGGCUGCGGGGAGGACCGCUUCAGCAUGGCCCAAGGCCUGCGCACCGUCCUGGGGCUGGUCCAGCAGCACCGGCAGCUCUGCGUCUACUGGACGGUCAACUACAGCUUUGAGGACCCAGCUCUCAGAACGCACCUUCUUGGCCAGCUGCGGAACCCCAGGCCCCUGGUCCUGGACCCUGCCGACCCCACCUGGAACGUGGGCCAGGGCAGCUGGGAGCUGUUGGCCCAGGAAGCAGCAGCCCUGGGGACGCAGCCCUGCCUUAUGAGUAGAGAAGGGACACCAGUGCAGCCCUGGGAUGUGAUGCCCGCUCUCCUUUGCCAAACUCCGGCCAGUGACCUGGACAAGUUCAUCACUGAAUUCCUGCAGCCCAACCGCCACUUCCUGGAGCAGGUGAACAAGGCCGUGGACACCAUCUGCUCGUUCCUGAGGGACAACUGCUUCCGGAACUCUCCCAUCAAGGUGCUUAAGGGUGGCUCUUCAGCCAAAGGCACAGCUCUGCGAGGCCGCUCAGACGCCGACCUAGUGGUGUUCCUCAGCUGCUUCAGCCAGUUCACCGAGCAGGGGAACAGGCGGGCCGAGAUCAUCUCAGAGAUCCGAGCCCAGCUGGAGGCGUGUCAGCAGGAGCGGGAGUUUGAAGUGAAGUUCGAGAUCUCCAAGUGGGAGAACCCGCGCGUGUUGAGCUUCUCCCUGACAUCCCAGACGAUGCUGGAUCAGAGUGUGGACUUUGACGUGCUGCCGGCCUUUGACGCCCUAGGCCAGCUGGUCCCGGACUCGCGGCCCCGCCCGCAGGUCUACGUGGAUCUCAUCCACAGCUACAGCAACGCGGGCGAGUACUCCCCCUGCUUCACGGAGCUGCAGCGCAACUUCAUCAGCUCCCGGCCCACCAAGCUGAAGAGCCUCAUCCGACUGGUGAAGCACUGGUACCAGCAGUGCAACAAGAUGCCCAAGGGGAGGGGCUCGCUGCCCCCCCAGCACGGGCUGGAGCUGCUGACUGUGUAUGCCUGGGAGCAGGGCGGGUGCGACUGCCAGUUCAGCAUGGCCGAGGGCUUCCGCACCGUGCUUGAGCUGGUCCGCCAGUACCGCCAGCUCUGUGUCUACUGGACUGUCAACUACGACAACGAGAACGAGACCGUCAGAGACUUCCUGAAACUGCAGCUUCAGAAGCCCAGGCCCAUCAUCCUGGAUCCGGCUGACCCGACAGGCAACCUGGGCCCCAAUGCCCGCUGGGACCUGCUGGCCAAGGAAGCUGUGGCCUGCAUGUCUGCCCCAUGCUGCAUGGGCAGGGAUGGCAGCCCCAUCCAGCCAUGGCCGGUGAAGGCCGCGGUGUGAAGCCCAGAAAGUCAGUGGUCGUACCAGAUGGACAGAUGGACACCAGCCCUUGCCCUGGGGAGACUCAGGGUCACCUGCCACAUGCGUGUGUGAGUGUGUGAGAGACAGCGAGACUGAAUCAGUGGGUCUGCCUCCUCCGCAGCCCAGCCUCCCAGCCCUUCCCACCUCCGAGUGGCCCCUCUGCUCUCCCCACCUGACUCAGUCUCAUCGAGCACCACCUGGGACCAGAUGGGCCCUCGCCGGCUCACACACUCCCCUGCACCCUGCAGUCCGUGGGUCGGCCCCAGCCUGGGUUCUCAGCUUCUCCAUCACCCUCGUGACUCUCUGUUCUCAGGCAGCUGCUGCUGCAUCCUACACUGCACCCCACCCCUGCUGUGAACGGCCUCUUUCUCCCUGACUUCUCUCUGCCCAUCCACACGGGCUCACAUCCUUCCUCCUGCGGAAACCCAUCCCUGGCCUCCCAGUGCCUUGCCUUCUUCCCCAGUCCAAGAACUUUUCACGGGGAUGGCAGAGUUUUCAUCUCGUUUGUCAGCCACUAUCAGUUGGUCGUGGCUGCCUGGAGCCCUGUGUUCUGAAGGAUUCUGAAGAAUGGAUACAUAGCUGGGAAGAGUGACCUAAUCGAUUGGUUAUGUCUGCCAUGGAUGCAGUAGAGGAAGGUGGUGGCAUGAGUGCCGUGAUUGAUUGGCAGUGUCUGGCCUGGAUGCAGGAAGAAGGUGCUCGCAGGCCUACAGUGUAUCUUUGGGCUAUUGAGGAGCUCUCUGAGCUCAGCUGCCAGCAGGGGAGCAUGCCCAGAUCAGCUAGCUUUGUCUGCCACAUACACAGAGGGAGACGGGGACAUGCACGCCAUGCGGUCCCUCUCACUGGACACCUAAUUGGAUCCCUUCUCAUCAGAGACCUCGGUUUCUUCACCCUUCCUGUUGCACUCAUUCCCCCAGUUUGUACAUCUCGAUGCCAUGGCUUGUUUGUCUUACUGAAUUUUUUCUGGGUUUCUGUCUUCUCUCCUGACCCACUGGAAUGCCACCCAUGGGAUCCUCCAUCCUCAACUGAACGUGAGCCAAUGCUCGAACAACGGUGCUCAGCCUGUUUCUCUCUGCCUCCAGAACAAAUCUACCAGGUCCAUGCAGGAGGCACUCCAGACCUCCAGUCCAACAACGGUGCCCCUCUUAGUCAGGGCUCAGCACAGAAACCAGAAAGUACUCCAGGAAUCGUAAGCAGAAAGGGGUUCCACCUAAACCCACCUAAACUCUGCCAGAGGAGCAGAAGGCAGGGGCCACCGCUGGACUAUUGGUUUCAAGAUCAGAUCACCGUGGCUGACUCAGAGGUCAGGAAGCUGCUGUUUCUGCCAACGCCACUGCAGCCGCCCCACUGCCACACACCCACAGCGCUGGGGCCCAGACCCGGGAACAAGGGCUCAGCGGCCACAAACAUCUCUCAGGACUUGCCAGCUGCCAGCGCUGCCAGAAGAUGGCUUCUGCCUCCUUCCUUUAGCACAGUUUAAAUUACAGCCAGAAUUCUGGCUGCAGGGGAGUCUGAGAGGCGAAUGUUUCAUCUCCCAUCCCACGUAGCGCAGGGAGGAAUGGAUGCCCAGUGCCUGGGCCCAGGGUCCGGCCAGCAUCCCCCGCAGCUGCACUGGGAACAUCUUUUGGGUGGGUGAUGGAGUGGUCCAUCCCAGAAAGGAGGGCCAGGAGACAGAGAAAGCAGCCACUGCAUAUCCCCUCUCUGCCCUCCGGAGUAUCUCAGACAGUCUGACUCUCUCGGGACCACUGCUGGGCACUGCCGGUCAGGUGCUGUGUUAGUCCCUUCGGGCUGCUGUCACAAAGUACCACAGUCUGCGUGGCUUAUAGUCUCUCUCAGUGCUGGAGGCUGGAAGUCUGCCGUCAGGGUGCCAGCCCGGUGGGGUUCUGCAGAGGGCCCUCUUCCGGGCUGCAGACUUCUUGUGUCUUCCGUGGUGGGAAGAGAGCUAGCCAGCCCUCUGGCCUCUUCUUGUAAGGGUGCUAAUCCCAUUCACAGGGCUCUACCCUCCUGACCUAAUGACCUCCCAGAGGCCUCACCUCCUCACACCAUCACCCUGGGAUUAGGGUUUGAACAUAGGGAUCCAGGGAGACACGAACAUCCCAUGCAUUGCAGGGAUGCAGACCAGGGGACGGGAGGAAGCGCUCUCCCCUCACCAUCAUCCUCUUGGAGAGAGAGAGGGAUGGAGAGCCGUGCUCUGCUCCACAGGGAGCCAGUCCUCCGCCUUCGGCUCAGCCCACAGGGUCUGGGGUGGGUGAGGCUCGGGAAGACCCCCCACGACCCGAGCCACAUGUACGCCUCCAUCCCCGUGUUGCUCUUGCUGCUGGAUGGGUGUUAAUAAAGUCUUCUUAAA